CACGCCAAGAAACUACCCCACCGAGGAAGGUAAAUGAAUUACGGAUGAGAGGAGGAGCGGGUGGAGCGAUAGAAAAGCUGAGGAUGCAUCUUCUCUCCAUCGACCUCCUCCGUCGAGCCGCAGCAGGAGCAGCCGGGGCUCCGCGAAUUCCACCUUCACCGCUCUCCCCACGCGAAAAGAUGCAAAGCAUCUGAUCCCUGCACCUCCUCCUCCACCACCCCCCUCCUCCUUCUCCUCCUACAUCUUUAACAAGGAGCAUCCCUCAUUCCACUCCGCGGAUUUGAAGCCAGCCGGUCACGAUGCGCGGACAUGGGACAGUGGGAUUUAUGCUUCUGCUGAACACGCUGCUGCUCACCACGCAGGCUGCAGAGAAGGUCUUGACGGAGCAUCUUCUGGUCCAGUUGCAUGAGGACGCGCAGGACCAGGCGCACCAACUUGCACUGCAACAUGGGUACCAGAGCGCUCGGAAGAUUCCAUUCGGCGAAGGCUUGUUUCACUUCUAUCCUCAGGACUCUUCGAAGAGGCGGAGCAAACGCAGCGCUCGCAGCAGACAGCGGCUCCAGAAAGACCGUAGGGUCAAGAGUGUCUUGGAGCAGGAGGGUUUCGGUCGUCAGAAACGCGGCUACAGAAACAUCAACAGCAUGGAAGUCAACAUGAGCGACCCUCUAUUCACCAAGCAGUGGUACCUGAUAAACACAGGCCAGGCAGACGGGACCCCUGGGCUGGAUCUAAAUGUGGCAGAAGCUUGGCAACUGGGCUACACGGGAAGAGGCGUCACUAUAGCAAUCAUGGAUGACGGCAUUGACUAUCUGCAUCCAGACCUGGCAUCAAAUUAUAAUGCAGAUGCCAGUUAUGACUUCAGCAGCAACGACCCGUACCCGUUUCCACGCUACACCGACGACUGGUUCAACAGUCACGGCACACGAUGUGCGGGAGAAGUGUCCGCCGCAGCCAACAACAACAUUUGCGGUGUGGGAGUCGCUUAUAACUCCAAGGUGGCAGGUAUCAGGAUGCUGGAUCAGCCCUUCAUGACCGACAUCAUUGAGGCCUCAUCCAUCAGCCACAUGCCGCAGGUUAUUGACAUCUACAGCGCCAGUUGGGGGCCCACAGACGACGGUAAAACUGUUGACGGACCGCGGGAGCUGACGCUUCAGGCCAUGGCGGAUGGCGUCAACAAAGGCCGAGGAGGGAAAGGCAGCAUCUACGUCUGGGCUUCAGGAGACGGUGGUAGCUAUGACGACUGCAAUUGCGAUGGCUAUGCAUCGAGCAUGUGGACCAUCUCCAUCAACUCAGCCAUCAACGACGGACGCACGGCUCUGUAUGACGAGAGCUGCUCCUCCACUCUGGCCUCCACCUUCAGCAACGGCCGCAAGAGGAACCCAGAGGCCGGCGUGGCGACCACGGACCUGUAUGGGAACUGCACCCUCCGACACUCGGGAACAUCAGCUGCAGCGCCGGAGGCAGCCGGCGUCUUCGCUCUGGCUCUCGAGGCCAAUCCAGACCUGACCUGGAGGGACAUGCAGCAUCUCUCCGUCCUGACGUCCAAGAGGAACCAGCUCCACGACGAGGUCCACCAGUGGAGGAGGAACGGCGUGGGUCUGGAGUUCAACCACCUUUUCGGCUACGGCGUGCUGGACGCUGGCGGGAUGGUGAAGAUGGCCAAGGAAUGGAAAACGGUUCCGGAGAGGUUCCAUUGCGUGGCUGGAUCCAUUCAGGAGAACCAUAAAAUCCAGUCAGGCAACAAGCUGGUACUGAGCAUCACCACUGAGGCCUGCCAAGGCAAGGACAACUUCGUCCGCUACCUGGAGCACGUCCAGGCCGUGGUCACCGUCAACGCCAGCCGCCGCGGCAGCCUCAACAUCAACAUGACCUCGCCCAUGGGCACCAAGUCCAUCCUGCUGAGCCGACGACCCCGCGACGACGACUCCAAAGUGGGCUUCGACAAGUGGCCCUUCAUGACCACCCACACCUGGGGGGAGGACCCUCGAGGGACCUGGGUCCUGGAGGUGGGCUUCCAAGGCGAGGAGCCCCAGCGUGGAGUCCUGCGCGAGUGGACUCUGAUGCUUCACGGAACACAAAGUGCCCCUUACAUAGACCAGAUAGUGCGCGAUUACGAGUCAAAGCUCGCCAUGUCUAAGAAGGAGGAGCUGGAGGAAGAGCUGGAUGAGGCAGUGGAGAGAAGUCUAAAGAGUUUGCUGAGUAAAAACAACUAGAUCUCCCUCCUGCAUGAUCCCACCAUAUCUUGCUCUCCAACCCUCACGUUAUUUCUACGUUCUCUUCAUUUGCCCUCCUGUCUACCUCUCUUUGCCUCCUCACUCUGCUUUUUGUUACCCAGCAGCCUCCGAUGAAUGUUUCUUGUAAUGAACCAUAAUAAAAGUAUAACCUUCAGCGAACUUCCCCGUCCAGAAAACGCCAUUUUUACUCUAAUUGUACAUGAGCCAAAUAUGAUGUGCCGUCGCUUGAAUCCACCCACACUCCUUCUUCUUCUUCUGCCAGCUGUUGUACAGUUUGUGACUGUAAAUGAUCUUCGGUGUCAAUAUCUGGCAAACUGCAGUGAUACUUCUUUCAGUUUAUAUUUUUGUGACACACUGUUUCUAGAUAAAAACAAGGAGAAUGUGUCAUUCA